UGAGUUUCCUCACUCAGUGCAGACUCUGCAGGGUGGGGCGAGAGGGAGCCAGUGCUGCUCGUUCUGGGUCCUGGGCUCUUCUUGUCUCUCUAUUUGUGGGUCUAAAUAGUGAGAAAACGGAGGCAAAGGAAGGAAGCUGGAUACCAAGUUCUGUCUGGACUCCCCCCUCUCACAAAAUCAACUUUGAUCAAAUCAUUUCCUGUUCCUCUUUCUACAUUCUCUAGUCAUCUGUGUUUGAGCAUUGAGAAGACCAAGAGAACAAAUCAGCUGAGGGUUACCAUCCAUUGUUUCUAAUAGCUGUCUGGCUAACGUUUUGUUUCCUGAUAUUCACGGAUGGAAAACAGAAGUAGCAGAAACAGUGAUCUGCUCAUACGAGCCCUCGACGACCUUUCUCAGGAAGAGUUCAAAAGAUUUAAAGACAAAUUAUCACACUUUGACUUUAAGGGGAAAGGUAACAUCCCUCGAGGUCGGCUGGAGAAUGCUGACACGACAGACACAAAGAACCUCCUGAUGCAAUUCUAUGGUGGAGACGCUGCGGGAGAUGUGACCAUAGAGGUUUUCACUCAGAUCAACCUCCGAGAUUCUGCUGCAAAACUCAGAGAAGAAAGAGAGAAAGCUUUGGGUCCUCGGCAAACGUGUGAAAGAUCAGCAAAUGCUUACAGAGCGAAGUAUAGAGAACAUAUACAAAACGAAUACAGCUCAAUAAAAGACAUGAACGCUCGUCUUGGUGAGAAUGUGAAGCUAAACAGCAGAUACACAAAGCUGAUCAUUGUAAAUGAACAUCGUCACAAAAAGCAGAGAGAACAUGAAAUAAUAGCCUUGGGACGGAGACAUGCAGAAAUUAUGACUAAGCACACUAGUCCUAUCACCGUAGGCGAUUUAUUUGACUCCGAUGAAGAUGGACAGUCACCACAUAUUGUCGUGCUGCAGGGAGUUGCAGGGAUUGGAAAAACACUGACAGCAAAAAAGAUCAUGUUGGACUGGGCAAAUGGAGAACUGUAUCAGAGCAGGUUUGAUUAUGUUUUCUACAUAAAUUGUAGGGAAAUUAACUUUUUCAGAGAGCACAGAAGUGUUGAAGAUUUAAUUUUAAAAAAUUGUCCUGAUCAAAAUGCACCAACUAAAGAGAUUCUGAUGAAUCCAGAAAAACUCCUGUUCAUAAUUGAUGGUUUUGAUGAACUGAAAUUUUCCUUUGAUCAAUUAACAAGUAAUCAGUGCUCUGAUCCCUGUGAAAAGCAGCCAGUGGAAAUCAUACUGAGCAGUUUAUUUAGGAAAAAAGUGCUUCUCAAAUCUUACUUAAUAAUUACUACAAGACCAGUUGCCCUGGAGGAACUUGGGCGGUGUUUGAAAGAUGAAUGUUAUGCAGAGAUCCUGGGAUUUUCUGAAAAUGAGAGAGAAGAAUAUUUCCACAAGUUCUUUCGGAAUGAAGAACAAGCAACAAAAGCCUUUAGCUUUGUAAAAGAGAAUGACAUGCUCUUCACCAUGUGCUUUGUUCCCCUUGUGUGUUGGAUCAUCUGCAAGGUUCUGAAACAACAGAUGGAAGAAGGUGAAGAUCUUGCACAAAUUUCCAAUACAAUCACUGGAGUGUACAUGAACUAUCUCAUCAGUUUAAUAGAGGGUGACACCAGCACUUCAAAGCAACGGGUAAAAGGUAACUUAAAGGGACUUUGCUCCUUGGCUGCAGAUGGAAUCUGGAGGCAGAAAAUACUAUUUGAGGAAGAAGAUGUCAAGAAAUAUGGCUUAGAUAAACCUGAUUCCCUCUUCCUGAAUGAGAACAUGUUUCAAAAAGGAAUUGGGAAGGAGUGUGUUUACAGCUUCAUUCACUUGAGUUUUCAAGAGUUUUUUGCAGCUUUGUUUUAUGUAUUGGAGAAAGAAGAAACAGUGGAAAAUUCAGAAACUGCUAUACAACCCGUGGAAAAAUUGUUUGAAAAGUGUGAAGAACCUAGGAAUCAUUUAAUGUUAACAGUGCGAUUCCUGUUUGGUCUCUUAAAUAAAAAGAGAAUGGAGGAGAUGGAGAAAGAACUUAGUUGCAAAAUUUCACCCCAAAUUAAAAAUAAUUUACUAACAUGGGUUAAAGAAAAACUCUCUCUGGCAUUGUUCAACUAUGAUAAGUUUUCUUAUGACUCAACAAUUUUCUAUUUUGAGUAUUUUCACUGUUUCUAUGAAAUUCAAGAAACAGAAUUUGUGCAGAGUGCAAUGAAUCAUUUCACUGAGCUAAACUUACGUGGUCAUACCUUUACCAAAAUGGAUCAAAUUGUUCUUCAAUUCUGUAUAAAGAAUUGCUGUAACCUGGAGUCAGUUGAUCUAGAUGUGUGUCUGUCUCUAACUGAAGACCUGAAUGAAGAUUCCCCAGGACCAAGCAAGCAGCCACGUUGGGCAGAAGAUGAGCAUGAGCCGCUUCCUUCGCCUAUUUACCCGCUCUGUGAAGCGCUGGCGGAUCCAAACUGUAAAAUAAAGAAACUAAGCUUGGGCCAUUGUGAUCUCACAUUCGCUGCCUGUAGGAAUUUCGCCACUGUUCUCAGAACCAACCAGAGCCUGACAGAGCUGGAACUGAGUGGUGAAGAUGUGGACGAUGCCAUAGUGCAACUGCUGUGCAAGGGACUGACACACCCGAACUCCAAACUUCAGAGACUGAAGUUGUGGGCCUGUGAUCUGACAGACGCUUGCUGUGGGGAUCUCGCCGCUUUUCUCAGAACCAACCAGAGCCUGACAGAGCUGGAGCUGAGUGAUAAUCAACUGGGAGAUGCCGGCGUGAAGCUGCUGUGUGAGGGACUGAAACAAAACUGCAAAUUACAGAGUCUGGACUUGCGGUUAUGUGGUGCUACAGUCGCUAUCUGUGGGAAUCUUGCCGCUUUUCUCAAAACCAGCCAGAGCCUGACAAAGCUGGAGCUGACUGAUAAUAAUUUGGGAGAUUCCGGAGUGCGGCUGCUGUGUGAGGGGCUGACACACCCAAACUGCAAAUUAGAGACUCUGGCGCUAUUCUGUUGUGGUCUCACAGCUGCAUGUUGUGGGGAUCUCUCCUCUGUUCUCAUCACCAGCGAGACCCUGACAUUCCUAGAUCUAGCGUUGAACAGUCUGAAGGAUUCAGGAGUGCAGCGGCUGUGUGAGGGGCUGAAACAUCCAAAUUGCAAACUACACAAACUAAACUUGGGGAAGUGUUGUCUCACAGCCGCUGGCUGCAGGGAUCUCGCCGAUGUUCUCAGAACCAGCCAGAGCCUGACAGAGCUACACCUGUCCGGUAAUGAAUUGGGAGAUGCUGGAGUGCGGCUGCUGUGUGAGGGACUGAUAGACCCAAACUGCAAACUGCAGACACUGCUCUUGGGGACGUCCGCUACGUGGGAGUGCGAUGUCACAGCCACUGGCUGCAGGGAUCUCGCCGCUGUUCUCAAAACCAGCCAGAGCCUGGCAGAGCUGGGCCUGUAUGGUGAUCAUCUGGGCAAUGCCGGAGUGCGGCUGCUGUGUGAGGGACUGAUACACCCGAACUGCAAACUGCAGAGACUGAUCUUGAAAUAUGUGAGGAUAACUGAAGAAAUGCGGGCAGAGCUGGAUGCUGUGAAAGACACAAAACCUGACCUGGUCAUACAGAUACGGUAGAGCUGGUGAGCGGGAGCCACGGCACCACUGCAGCUCUGACCUGGCUGCUCUGCCACUGGCUAAAGGAGCAGCUGGGAAGUGGGAGAACACCUGCCCCUAUUAAAAUUAAACUCUGCCAGCCCCGGGGACUCUAGCAGCACAUGUCAACAUCUGUGGCACGGGCUGGGUAGAGAUUGUCAGGGCCAAGCCUCCUGCAUGAAGGCAAAAGGCUUAGGAAUAGGGGUUGGGUUUGCUCUAUUCUCACUGUGCAAUGGGGUAGCUGGUUUUUUGGGGGGCGGGGGGGGGAAACAGAAGGGAGAAAAGGGAUCAGUCCUAGGAGAGGGAGAGAUGUGGGAUUAUGAGAUGCAGGGGUCUGGUAACCUCCCCUUUUCAGUCUGUCAGUGCAGGGGGGAGACUCAAGAACCAUCCUUGGAUCUGAAGGGGAACUGUCCUGCUACAAUGGUUCAUACUAUUACGUGUUUAUUUACAAGGGGCUUGUAAUUUUACACAACUCCACAGCUAUUAAGUGGAAAUUUUCUCUAUCCAUCUCCAACAGCGGUUUAUCCUAGAUGUAUGUUUCUGUCAGUUUUGCUGGAGUCCAAUAAAGCUCAUGUAUCAAGAAA